CACUGUGAUGAAUGACAUGACACACAGACAGACAGACAGACAGACAGAAAUAGCCCGCUGCUUCUUCCAGACUAUUGCCUACUCAUCGUGGCUUAUUGUCUUAGCUAGUGAAUGAUGAAACUGAGAGCUUGUGCCAGAGUUGAUGAGUGUGAGGUUAUGCAAUGCUGAAGUCUGUUGGAAGUUUGGACCAAUCGGAUAAGGCUGAACGAGUAAGGGAGAUAUGACAACUGUGUUUACUGUAGUUACUACACUACAGGCUGCUUCUGCAAUGUCCACUACAUUAUACAGUAAAUUAGCAGGCUAUACUGGAUUUGUCUGGAUUGUUUUUACUUAUUGAAGUAACUCUGAUAUUUCAAUAACAGAAUAGUCCUACAUGGAAAAAUGGAAAAAUAUUUAAAUGGAACAGACUGAAACUUACUAGCCUAGAGUAAAACAGAUGGUGCAUUCCGUUUCUGAAGAAAGAAAAAAAGCUGCAUUUAUGUAACCAAGACAAUAGUGAAAUUAUAUUCCUGGAUAUUUUUGGUGGAUUUCAUUAUAGGGAGUCCUGAUUAUUGUUGCUGGUUUAGAAGUAGGCCUAGAAUACAUCAUUUCAGAGCUAUUGCCGCAGUUAUGUUUAUGGGCUAAAUGAGAAGGAAAAAUAAAUAACAGAACCGAAGUGUAGCUCUACAAGCUGCAGUGCUCCGACCAACGGCAUCGCAAAUGAACAAACGAGGCUGAUAAUGACGUCAGUGUUGUGCCCGAACGCGCGCUGCACUCGCGAAUGUUUCUGACCGCCGCUCUGUGUUGGAGCGAGGAGAGCGAGUUUUCUACUGCAGCAUCACUCACUUCAAACAGCGCACCCAAACUGUGAGGAUACCACCUCAUCCGAAGCGAACCCGUUGGAGUUACAAUCACCUGCGAGGCUGCGACUGCGCUUUCUCUGAAGCAGACAAGGACCCAACGAAAUAAUUUAUUUUAUUUAUCUUUUUCUCAGCUACGAAAGGGAAUGCCAUCAAUAAAUAUGAAACUGGAGAUGGUGACCAUCAUCGCCUGCGAGGUAGAAACAGAGGUGUUUACGUCAGACAAGCUGCAGGAGAGGUUCGAGGCCCUGUUCAGGAUCUAUGACGAGCAGACGUCCUUCCAAAUGUUCAAGAGCUUCAGGCGAGUCCGCAUCAGUUUCAGCACUCCGGAGGCGGCCGCCCGCGCUCGCAUCGAGCUCCAUGAGACUGAGUUCAACGGCAAGCAGCUCAAGCUCUACUUUGCCCAGGUUCAGAAUUCUGGGGAGGAUAUAGACAAGUCGUACCUGGCUCCUCCUGCGCCCGUCAAACAGUUCCUCAUCUCGCCCCCUGCCUCGCCGCCCGUGGGCUGGAGCCAGAGCGAAGACGCCACGCCUGUCAUCAACUAUGACCUGCUGUGUGCGGUGGCCAAGCUGGGCCCAGGGGAGAAGUAUGAACUGCAUGCGGGCACUGAGUCAACCCCCAGUGUUGUGGUGCAUGUGUGCGACAGCGAUGCAGAGGAUGACAACGACGAAGCACGGCCCAAGCACAAACAGCAGAUUGUCCAAACCCGGCGCCCCGACGGCCCGUCGCAAGUCCUCAACUAGGACGCCCGUUACGGACCCCACUCGUACGACCCCAACACACACACGCACCAAGCCCUGUCUUCUCUGUCUCUGCAGUCGCACAGCACAGCAAGACAACGCCCCUCAUUUCAGUUCAACCCAAAACACACAAACAGCAGACAGUUGGUGGUGUUUGUGGAGGGAGCAUGGCUAUUGGAUGGGAUGAGGCGGCCUGGCCUGUAAGGACGAUGGAGGAUGGAUGAGAUUUACACACACUCAUCACACUCAAAGGGAGGGAGGGGUGCCUAACUCUUGACCCCUGACCUCGGAUCAGCCAGGGGCGGUAAUGUAACACCUUGUCCUCCUAAAGCAGGCACCCUGUCAUAGAUUAUACACUCAGCUCUCAUCUGUAGUAGUUCCUCGCUAGUAGUACUUAUUUCCUACCUGCUUACUGUCACUGGUUAGUUGUGUCGCGCAGUGGUCUUUCGGGGACAUGCAAUACCUCUAACGAGGUUUUUGAGUUUCUUUACUUUUUUUUAUAUAAAUUUGUUCUUCUGAUUGUUAGUCUGUCCUUCUUCUGCUAUUUAUGAUAUCAGCUGAUUGGUUGUUUCUGCUAACACAGAAUGAGGAUUGUCUGUCUGGUAUUCCUCUUCUUGUCUUCAUGUAUAUAUAAGAACAUACUCCUACAGAGACUCAAAUACUAAACUGUUGUAUAAAGCAAAGGAACCUAUGGAGGUCACACUACAUAGCAACAGGUGGCCAUGUGGUAACAUCAAAGUUAUGGUGGCGUUUGCAUUUUAUUUAAAAAAAAAUUGGGGGUCUGCUUAUGUCCUUUUAAUCAGAGAGGUGUCUAUUGAAUUGUUGCUGAACUAGGUGUGCAUUCUUCUUAACAUGUAUUUGAUACCACAAACAAUCGUUUUUUUGCAUGCUUACUAACGUAGUCGGGAGCUGAGGCGUUUUAUACUGGUCAAGAUGACAGGGAAAUGGAAUGAAGCUUUUGACGACACGCAUAUCUCUAUUUUUAUAGUGUCAGGUGUGAGGGGAGAGGCUGGCUGAGUGAGUGAAAAGACAGAGUGAAUGAGACCUUUACAGUGUGAGUAAAAGCCUAAGAGUUGGGCUUUAGGAUAGAAGUAAAAGCUAAGAGUUGGGCUUUAGAGUAGAAGUAAAGGCUAAGACUAAUUUCCUACAGGAGUGUUGACAUUUUCGUUUAAAAAAAAAAUAAUUAUUCCAUCUUUCCGGUAAUGUUUUGGGGUCUUGUUAUGAUAUCAACACAGCUUCUUUCCGGUAAUGUUUUGGGGUCUUGUUAUGAUAUCAACACAGCUUCUUUCCGGUAAUGUUUUGGGGUCUUGUUAUGAUAUCAACACAGCUUCUUUCCGGUAAUGUUUUGGGGUCUUGUUAUGAUAUCAACACAGCUUCUUUCCGGUAAUGUUUUGGGGUCUUGUUAUGAUACCAACACAGCUUCUUUCCGGUAAUGUUUUGGGGUCUUGUUAUGAUAUCAACACAGCUUCUUUCCGGUAAUGUUUUGGGGUCUUGUUAUGAUAUCAACACAGCUUCUUUCCGGUAAUGUUUUGGGGUCUUGUUAUGAUAUCAACACAGCUUCUUUCCGGUAAUGUUUUGGGGUCUUGUUAUGAUAUCAACACAGCUUCUUUCCGGUAAUGUUUUGGGGUCUUGUUAUGAUAUCAACACAGCUUCUUUCCGGUAAUGUUUUGGGGUCUUGUUAUGAUAUCAACACAGCUUCUUUCCGGUAAUGUUUUGGGGUCUUGUUAUGAUAUCAACACAGCUUUCUUCUUCUCAGACCUAUAUGGCUUGUUAUACACUGAAAAUCUCUUUAUCUCUCAAUCUCUGGAGCUAUACUAAAGGAAUGUGCUGACUUUCCUCUGUCAGCUCUUAAAAGUUUAAGACUGCUUCUUAGUUCUUGCUGUAAAUAGCUCAAUAGUCAGUAGGUGGAAAUAGUCCAUUAGGUUUUAAUGAUUGACAUUAAGCGUUGCUGAGAAAUUGAAAAAGCUUCAUUAGCCACCCAGGCUCUGGAGAUAGCAACCAAAGCCUUCAUCUCACCUUGCAGUCACAGCACAAACCUUUGGAAACUCAAGAAACUAAAGAGAAAGUUACAAAACAUUUUAUUAAAAAUGAGUUUUAUUGUCACAUGAAAUGUGUUUUACAGGGUCAGCCAUAGUAGUACAGCGCCCCGAGAGCAAAUUACUCCAAUUUGGAAUACUGCUGCAUUAACAGUUGUUACUUUGUUCACAACAAGUUCUUUCCAACUCCCAAAUAAAAUUAAGAAUAAAUUAAUUAAGUGUCAUUCAUUUUAAUCCUAUCCUAAAUAUCUUAGGAGUAAAUUUAAGAGUAACUUUUACCAGAAUGAUAGAUGUUUCUCCUGACCAUGCACUUUGAAUAACAACAAGGAUAAAAUGUCAACUAUAAUGUCAUGUGUCUGUUAUUACAAUGAUUUGAUGCCAUAAAAGUCCCUCAUGUUUUAGUUUUUUCACAAACAUUCUCCAUAUAGUAAGUCUGUUGUAUACAGACUAUUCCAUGUAGUCUGUUGUAUACAGCAUUUUCCAUGUAAGACUCCUUGAUUUCAUUCCCAACCUGAAAAGGUGUUUUGAAACCAGUGGGUUUUUUUUUUACAAAAUAAAAGCCCAACCGUUGAGGGGGAGUGUUCAGGUGGGCCUCGGCGGUUAACCUUAUCUGUGUUAGACAGCAUGAAAAUGACAGAUUUUUUUUUCUCAUAUUAGUAAACAAAAGAUGGUCUGUCUGCAUGUGAGCACUUUAUUGUCAGCAGUCUUUUUUCUUCUCACUGUAAAGGCAGUGUUUUUUCUUCUCACUGUAAAGGCAGUGUUUUUUCUUCUCACUGUAAAGGCAGUCUUUUUUCUUCUCACUGUAAAGGCAGUGUUUUUUCUUCUCACUGUAAAGGCAGUGUUUUUUCUUCUCACUGUAAAGGCAGUGUUUUUUCUUCUCACUGAAAAGGCAGUCUUUUUUCUUCUCACUGUAAAGGCAGUGUUUUUUCUUCUCACUGUAAAGGCAGUCUUUUUUCUUCUCACUGUAAAGGCAGUCUUUUUUCUUCUCAUUGUAAAGGCAGUGUUUUUUCUUCUCACUGUAAAGGCAGUGUUUUUUCUUCUCACUGUAAAGGCAGUCUUUUUUCUUCUCACUGUAAAGGCAGUGUUUUUUCUUCUCACUGUAAAGGCAGUGUUUUUUCUUCUCACUGAAAAGGCAGUCUUUUUUCUUCUCACUGUAAAGGCAGUGUUUUUUCUUCUCACUGUAAAGGCAGUGUUUUUUCUUCUCACUGUAAAGGCAGUGUUUUUCUUCUCACUGUAAAGGCAGUCUUUUUUCUUCUCACUGUAAAGGCAGUGUUUUUUCUUCUCACUGUAAAGGCAGUGUUUUUUCUUCUCACUGUAAAGGCAGUCUUUUUUCUUCUCACUGUAAAGGCAGUGUUUUUUCUUCUCACUGUAAAGGCAGUCUUUUUUCUUCUCACUGUAAAGGCAGUCUUUUUUCUUCUCACUGUAAAGGCAGUCUUUUUUCUUCUCACUGUAAAGGCAGUCUUUUUUCUUCUCAUUGUAGAGGCAGUCUUUUUUCUUCUCAUUGUAGAGGCAGUCUUGCUAGAGAGAAUGUUCUAUAUUUAUUUUGUUAUUUUUUUAAUCUUCUGUUUUUGAAGAUGAACACCUGGGUAGCCUUCUCACUAGCAGAGCAGCGUGAGUUUAACACUCAUCAUCUCUCGCUACUGGGGGUUUGAAGGCUCGGAGGCCUUUGGAUAUAUGUGCAGGAGUCUACUACUGAAUAGGUGUGGUAGGAAGAACAAGAAAAUGUGUCUUUUGAGAUGAUGGUUGGUUACAACCACAGAAAAAAAUGUGUGUUUUUGUUAGUGUUUGUCCCUGGAACAUAAUUUCAAGUGUAAGCUUUGUCCUUUCAGAGGUGACUUUUAAAAACCAGGCAGCCAGCGAGUGUUGAAACACAAUGCAAUGGCACAGACACUUUCCAGUUGUGCUGACUGGCGAUAAUAUUGCUGAUUGAUGACUAAGAUAAUGAUUAUGUUGACGAGGCUGGUCUGAUGUUUUCUACUGACUGCUGUCGCUGAAACUGGGAGCAUUUUGGGUCACAGGCGAAACGAGAAACUUUUAUCGUGAUUUUGUUGCCAACGCCAGUUCCAGUAUGCAGCUAAAAAAAAAUGUUGGCUUCUAAUUUUAUGUUGAUGUAAAGAUAAAAAUAAAUAAAAAGUUCUGAAAUGCUCGAUCAAAUCAAUUCUUAUUGUGUCGUGUUAAAAAUUGACUCAGUUUAAAUGUUAUUUUUUUGGAACGUCUACAAAACAAAACGGUCAAUACCGUCCGCUACUGUUGUAUACUGUUCUGUUGAAAUCUGAAUAUUAUGUCUAGUACUGUAGUUAUCCAGAAAACGAAGUAGCAAUCAAGCAAUAAUUUACAGUUAUAUACAGGUAUCUGUAUUUUAUGUUGUGUACUAAUUUCCAGAGUUGUUUUCUCUGACUGUUACAACAGUACUUGCUUAUAUUUGUGUGGUAUGAUUGUCAUUCGUUUCACAUGAGAAAUACAUAAACAACUAUUCUUAAAGAUGUUUGGA